AAAACAAACCCACCCGCGCUGCGCUCUCAUUUCUCGCAGCCCUUCGCCGCCGGCUCUUUUCGGCAAAAAUGUUGCAGCUGUUCGGUGCCGAACGGUCGAUUCACUUCACACGACGGUUACGAAAUGUCCCGCUCGGUUGCUGCACAAGAACCUGCUCCGGCGGUCCCAAUAAAAGAAAACCUCUGGACACGGCGUACAAACCGGCUCUCGUCGAGGCCGCUCACCGCGAUGUGGUUUCCCGUUCGGUGACCUGCGGUGGUGGUUCGAAACGGUUCAGUAUGCUGUUGCCCCCGCCGAACGUAACGGGGGAGCUGCACCUGGGUCACGCGCUGACUUGUGCCAUUCAGGACGUGAUGAUGAGGUGGAAGCGGAAGCAGGGUUACGAGGGGUUGUGGAUUCCUGGGAUGGACCACGCCGGGAUUGCCACGCAGGUUGUGGUUGAGAAGCGUCUUCGGAAGGAGUGUGGCGUUGGAAGGCACGAUUUGGGCAGGGAGCGAUUUUUGGAGGAGAUUUGGAAGUGGAAGGAGGAAAAGGGACGGAGUAUUGAGGGGGAUUUGCGGGGGUUGGGAUCGAGUAUGGACUGGGAGAGGGAGUAUUUUACGAUGGACGAGCAGCAGAGCAGGGCGGUUCGGGAGGCGUUUGUGCGGUUGUUUGAGGCGGGGCUGAUUUACAGGGAUAAAGCGCUGGUUAAUUGGAGUUGCUCGCUGGAAUCGGCCAUCUCGGACAUUGAGGUUGAAAACGUUGAAAUUGACGGUCCUACCCCGGUUGAGAUUCCGGGAUAUAAUAGGAAAAUCACCUUCGGUGAAAUGGUCGACGUGGCUUAUAAAGUUCAAGGAUCGUCCCAGGAGAUUAUCAUUUCGACGACCCGGCCGGAAACACUGCUCGGGGAUGUGGCGGUGGCGGUGAAUCCGAACGACGGGCGGUACGAGCACUUGCGCGGGACGACGUCCAUGCUGUGGCAUCCAAUUCGGAAGGAGGAAAUUCCGCUGGUUUUUGACGAAUCGGUUGAUGCGGAGUUUGGCACGGGCGCGGUCAAAAUAACUCCGGCCCACGAUCGGUACGACUUUGAGCUGGCGAAGAGGCAUCGGCUGCCGCUGGUUGAGGUGAUUGACUGCAAGGGGAGGAUUCUGGACGGGUUUGGCCACUUUACGGAUCUGCCGCGGUACGAAGCUCGGGCCAAAAUGAUGGACUAUUUGGCGAAUGUUUCGUUGCUGCGAGGAGUUAAACCUCACUCGAUGGUACUUCCGGUUUGUUCGAGGUCGAAGGACGUAAUCGAGUUCCUAUUGAGACCGCAGUGGUUCGUGCGGUGCCAGGCGAUGGCCAACAGAGCCGUUGAAGCGGUGAAGAGUGGUCAGUUGCAAAUCAUCCCAGACCACUUUGAGAAGGAAUGGUUUCGCUGGCUGGAAAACUGCCACGAUUGGUGCAUUUCUCGCCAACUCUGGUGGGGACACCAGAUUCCAGCGUUUGAAAUCAAAGCCAACGGCAAAACCUCCUGGAUUGCUGCCACUUCGCUAGACGAAGCUCGCAAAAAAGCAAAAUCCUCACUCAAAUGCGAAUCCUUCGAAAUCACCCAAGAUCCAGAUGUGCUGGACACGUGGUUCUCCUCAUCCCUGCUGCCCUUCUCAACCCUCGGAUGGCCAACCAACCAAAGCAGCUUCUACCCGCUGGACCUCAUGGAAACCGGCCACGACAUCCUGUUCUUCUGGGUCGCCCGAAUGGUCAUGCUCGGACAACAACUAACCAACCAACUCCCCUUCCCGAAAAUCCUCCUCCACGGCAUCGUCUGCGACGAGUACGGCCGCAAGAUGUCCAAAAGCCUCGGCAACGUCAUCAAACCCGACCAAGUCAUCCGCGGCAUCACCCUCGACGACCUCAACCGCGAAGCGCAACUCUCGCACGCGCAAGGCGUCCUCUCGGACAGCGAGUUGAAGAAAUCGCUCGCCGGUCAGCGCCGAAUGUUCCCCAAGGGAAUCCCCGAGUGUGGGACGGACGCGCUCCGCUUCACGCUCUGUUCCGCCAACGUGAAGAACCACUUUAUCAACUUUAACGUGCAGGAGUGUCACACGAACAAGCUGUUCUUCAACAAGAUCUGGCAAGCGACGCGGUACACGGCGGGGUGCGUUGAGAAGUUUGGUGCGGGUGGGGAGAGGGAGUUGAGGGUGGAGGAGCGGGACAGGUUGACCGAGAUGGACCGGUGGAUUGUUAGUAGGUUGGGGAAUACGAUUGAGGCGUUUGAGCAGGCGCUUGAGAGCUACAAUUUUCAUCUGGCGACGGCGGCGUGGAAGACGUUCUUCUACAGCAACUUAUGCGAUGUUUAUUUGGAAACUACAAAAGUCCACAUGACCCCAGAGUCCGCCUCCAAAGCCGCCCAUCACUGCCAAAUCCUCCAGCACUGCCUUUCCCUCGGUCUGCACUACCUGGAAGUGUUCACCCCCUUCCUAGUGGCCGAACUGAGGCCACACCUCCCAGUCCCAAACCCAGCCUCCUUCGACCCAUCCGCCUGGAUCGACGCCCAGCUCGAAUCCGAAGUGGACCAGCUGCUGGAAAUCUGCCAAAGUGUGCGCACCGCCAAAGCCGAAUCCGCCCGGCCACCAAUCGUCCGGAAGCACGAUCCCAGGCUGCACUUGCUGUCCAAAUCGGACCAGCUGACGGAACUGCUCCGCCGGCAGCAAGCGGACAACGUCGUCGGCCAGUUGACGCUGUGCAACGGAGUGGUGCUGCACGAGAGUGAGGAUCGCUUCAAGGAGCAACGGUUCACGGUCAGUUCGGCCGCUAGUCACGUGUGUUCGUUUGGGAUUGUGACGAACCUGGAGCGGGGCGGGGAGAGGGUGGUGGCCUCGGGAAAGGACAGUGGGAAUUCGAAAAAGUUGGUCAAGUUGGAGUCCGAACUGGACCGGCUGCUGGCAGCGGUGGGGAACGAAGGAUACCGGAAGUCCGCUAGUGAGGCUGUGCAGAAGAAGCACUCGGAAAGGAUCAAACAGCUGCAACUUCAAAUACAGGAUAUGCGGAAAAUUGUGAUCUAAAAGAUGCAUUGAAAAUGUCAGCGUGUACGUACGUCAAACGCAUAACCCGCCCAAGGCAUAUGGAUUAUUUAAGGUAAGGCGAUUUUUUUUCUAUUUUUUUUUGGCGAAUUGCACCGGUUUUUUAUGUAGCGUUGUUUAGUAAUGCUAAACUGAUUCAAAAAUUGUUCUUAGUUGCGUUUUUUGAAACUGUUCUUAAAUCGCUUUUCGAUUUUUUUGGCAUUUAAAACAAACAUACAGCAAAAAAUCCUGUGAAAUUUGCCUAUUUAUUUUUUCUCAAAAACUUUUCAUGUUUUUGGUUGCAAACGAUGUCACAGAUGCAAAAAAAUGAUCGAGCUCGAGCUGUCACAGUCCCUGCGAAAUAUGUUGGCUGUCAUAUCAGUUUAAAAAAAAAAACAUCUAGAAGUCGCAAAACAAAAAAAACCUUUGCUAGGAAGAGAAAGCUGAUAUGAUGCAAGCAAACAAUGUAAACACACUUUGAAUGUGUUUUUAAAUUUUUGUCUCGCAAGCCUUAUAAGAUAUAGCGUAUCUUUUAGAGCUGUCAAAAUCAUGAUGACACGCAAGGCAGGCUUUAUAUGUAGGGUAGGGUAGUCAUCAAUGAGACACUUUUGGUUUUCAACUUUCAACGAUUUUUCUAAUUUUUUCAUCAGCAUGUUUUAAUGAGCUUUUUGUUGCAUUUUAUUUCUUUUAGUGUGUUCUAACAUUGACCAAAAUAUGAGAUCGAUCCGACAUCUACAGCCAGAGUUAUUCAACUGUCUCAUUGUAGACGCACUUGGCAGGAACAAUGAGACAGCUGGGGAACAAUGAGACACUCUACGAAAAUCAAUACUUUUCUAGUAAAACAUCAUGUUUUUGUAUUGUUCCAUUACAGGUGACUUGCCUUGAACAUUUUAGAGCAAUUUUGCCAACAUGAAACUUUAAUUAACAAAAGUUAUACUAAAAAGUAUUUAAAUUUUGUAAAAUCCAUAUAUUUAUACCAAAUAACUUUGUAUGUUUGGUUAAAUGAAGUUAAAACUCUAUAAAUAUGCCAAAAAUCACUUUCAAUUCAUGUUUUGAAAGAUUUACAUGGAUUUUGAAAUGUUUAAUGAAGAAAAAUCAAAGUGUCUCAUUGUUACCCCUGGGCUAACAUGAGUGGGGAACAAUGAGACAGCCCUGGAUUCUGGGUAUAUUCUAAAUUUUGGUCAAAUCUAAUGAAAAGACAUUGUAGCCCAACUCAAUCCCUAUGGAACGUCGAAAGAAAUUUGAAGAAAUAUUAGUUAAGGUGUAAAUGGCAGCCUGCGAGCGAAAAAGAAUUUUUUGUCCAUAAUUUACUUUUACACCCCAGAAUCAAACAUUUAUGAAUAACUUUUCAAGGGAGCGUCCAUAACCAAAGCCACUAAUAUGGCAGACGUGUAUCCCGUAGACACACCUUUCCCCCAAAUAUGAGCCUGAUUGGUUGAAACUACGACUUGUGAGAGCCAUUUUAUCAUUGUUCCCCGUGUCUCAUUGAUGACUACUCUACCCUACUUU